UUCUGGAAAGCACCGUUGCCGACCUGCACUCUUCUUUUGUCGUAUUACGUGGCGCUCUAUGAUUGGCUGAUAGACAUGGGUCCCGUCUUUUUCUCCUCCACGUUCGUGCGGCGUCGCUGGCUUUUGUUUUUCGGCGCGACUCGACAAGCUGAAUUAGGAGGAGGGUAAGACAGAGAAUCGGGCGAUGGUAAAAUUUUGGGAUUGAGGUGUGUUGGAGAAGAUUCGCACCAUCCAAAUAGUGAAAGGAUAAACCUAAUUUCAUAUUGAGAUCCAGAUCAGGGAGUCUGGGUAUCUCUUUACCGGAGCAACUCGCCGAUCUUGUAUUCUGGUAUUCGGAGAGCGCGUAGAUUUCACCAGCGGAAGCUCGCGAUUUUCGUCCAACUGUGAAGGUAUGGCAGGGAAGAAAGGAUUAACGGAGAAGGCGACGGCUUUGCAGAAAGGAAAGCGAGGGCGUGAUGCGAUUGAGAAGGAAGACACUGUGUCAGCUGGAAAAUCUAGAUUGACUGGUCAGAAUGGUAUUAGCGGAAAGCAUGAAGGUUCCUGCCCUGUUAGCAAGAAGAUGAUCCCAUCGGCAGAUGGAUCAUCAUCCAAUUGCCAAAUGGAGAUGGAAGCAGCAAAUAAUGGUGGUCACAUUGAUGGCGCCAUAAUAUCAGCAUGCGAUCCAAAACAAUUCAAACGUGUUGUGAAGGCCCUGUCUAAGGAAAAGAUCAAUGUAAUUGUGGGGAUGGGGUUUGGACCUGUUGAUUCCUUUAGAUGCAGCAAGCUGAACAUGCCACUGUGCCGAAUGUUGAUUGAGAGGUUUGAUGUGUUGGAGCAAACAAUUAACAUACAUGGGCGGCACCUAUCAAUCACGGAGAAAGACUUCAAUCGGCUGAUGGGACUGAGUUGUCGUGGAAUGGAAGUAGAUCUUCAUUGCUCAGAUGUAGAUGAUGUUAUAGCCAAGUUAAAGACAAAGCUCCAUGUGGAAGAUGAUGAUAUAAGCAUUGAUAGGCUGAGGGAUAUUGUGUUGUCCUCACCUGAUGAGGGGGAAAUAUUUAUAGUCACGUAG